UGCUGGGCCCGCCGGCUCGUGGCGCAUGGGCCUCCUCCGAGGCGGACCCCCAUGCGCCCGGGCCAUGGCGCGCCUGGGCGCUGUGCGCUCCCACUACUGCGCGCUGCUGUUGGCCGCGGCGCUGGCCGUCUGUGCCUUCUACUAUCUAGGCUCAGACCGGGAGACCUUCUCCAGCGCCACCAAGAGGCUGAAGGAGGCCCGCGCCGGGGCUCCCGUCGCGCCCUCGCCGCCCGCGCUGGAGGUGGCGCGUGGCUCAGCGGCGCCGGCCCCGGGCGCCAAGGCCAAGAGCCUGGAGGGCGGUGGGACCGGGCCGACGGACUACCACCUGCUGAUGAUGUUCACCAAGGCGGAGCACAAUGCCGCGCUGCAGGCCAAGGCCCGGGUCGCGCUGCGCUCGCUGCUGCGCCUCGCCAAGUUCGAGGCGCAUGAGGUGCUUAACCUGCACUUCGUGAGUGAGGAAGCCAGCCGCGAGGUGGCCAAGGUCCUGCUGCGGGAGCUCCUGCCGCCCGCCGCCGGCUUCAAGUGCAAGGUCAUCUUCCACGAUGUUGCUGUGCUGACGGACAAGCUCUUCCCUGUUGUGGAGGCCAUGCAGAAGCACUUCAGUGCGGGCUCAGGGACCUACUACAGUGACUCCAUCUUCUUCCUCUCGGUCGCCAUGCAUCAGAUCAUGCCCAAAGGUAACCUGAACUGCCAGGAGCAGCAGCCCCUGGGUGUUUGA